AUGGAGAGCACCCAAAGCCAGGGAGGGAGCAGGCGGGAGAGGAGAGGGGAGGGAGCCGGUCCAAGCCCGGCUUGCGCUCCCGGCCAGGCUGCGCAGUGCCUGUGCCAAGAGCCGGCUUCCUUAAAGCCAUCUCGGGGGCCUGCCCUGCAGGCAGAGGGGAGCCGGCGAGCCGGGGCUGGGACGCGGAGAGGGGAAGCUGCGGCCCGCGGGGUCACCAUGGACAUAACCUACCUGCGCACAUCCCUGACCUUCCUUUUUCUCCCUCUUGUUGUGUUUGGGGCACCCGCUGAUGAACCCAACCUCACAGAACCAGGCCCUGGUGCUUGCAAGCGCUGUUGUGACUCACUGGACUCCUCCACAGAUACCCCACCAGUCCCUCCCAGCCACCACCACUUUCCCUAUCCAGUGCCAGAGGUCCGUCCCUACAUCAACAUCACCAUUCUGAAGGGAGAGAAAGGAGACCGGGGAGAGCCUGGGAUGCCAGGGAAAUGGGGCAAAGAAGGACCACGAGGCGAGCGGGGUGCCCAGGGCCAGAAAGGCAGCAAGGGACAGAUGGGCACGGCGGGAGACCCCUGCAAGCAUCAGUACGCUGCGUUCUCCGUGGGCCGCAAGAAAGCGCUGCACAGCAGCGAGGGCUUCCAGGUCCUGAUCUUUGACACCGUCUUUGUCAACCUCUACAGCCACUUCGACAUGUUCAAUGGCAAGUUCUACUGCUCAGUGGGUGGACUUUACUAUUUCAGCCUCAAUGUCCACACCUGGAACUUCAAGGAGACCUACAUGCACAUCAUGCACAACGAAGAGGAGGCUGUCAUCCUGUAUGCCCAACCCAGUGACCGCAGCAUCAUGCAGAGCCAGAGCCUCAUGCUGGAGCUCCAGGAAAAUGAUGAGAUCUGGGUGAGGCUCUACAAGCGGGAGCGGGAGAAUGCCAUUUACAGUGAUGAUGUUGAUGUGUACAUCACCUUCAGUGGGUAUUUGGUCAAGCCCAGCAUUGAAUAA